GAGGGUGCAGGUGGUUAGGAGUUGAAUGAGGAAGUAAAAUGAUGAAGUGACAGUUACUAAAGGAACCAGAAGCGACAGGCGGAGGCACAAGGGGACCUGCUUCUCAGGAGCAGCACAAAUACAGUAGGAACCUUGUGUGAGUGAGUCCAGUUCAUGGCUGCGCUGCCUCCUGGGAUCCGUCUCUUUGUCUCCCUCUCCAGGGAUCAAUGGUAUCGGGCUCUGGUUCUGCUCCUCACCUUCCUGUUCUACUGCAGCUUCCAUCUGUCCCGAAAGCCAAUCACUAUAGUCAAGGGGGAGCUGCACAGACACUGCUCAGAGCCAGACGAGGUCGAGCUCCACAGUUACAAGGAGUUUGUUAUUCUGCCCCAGGGGCCCCUGCACUCGGGGCAAAAUGCGUCUCGCUGCGGCUGGGCCCCGUUUGAUAAGAACAAUUACAAGCAGCUCCUGGGGGCUCUCGACUACUCCUUCCUGUGCGCCUACGCCAUCGGCAUGUACCUCAGUGGGAUGAUUGGCGAGCGCUUGCCCCUCAGAUACUUCCUCUCCUGUGGGAUGUUGGCCAGUGGCUUCUUCACCGCACUCUUUGGCUUUGGCUACUUCUACAACAUACACAACCUGUCCUACUACAUCAUCAUACAGGUACUAAAUGGUUUGGUCCAGACCACUGGUUGGCCAAGCGUGGUCACCUGCAUUGGGAACUGGUUUGGGAAAGGAAAGAGAGGCCUCAUUAUGGGGGUGUGGAACUCGCACACAUCGGUGGGCAACAUCCUGGGCUCCCUUAUUGCCGGCUACUGGGUGUCCUCGUGCUGGGGCAUGUCCUUCUUGGUGCCAGGGAUGGUCAUCUCCUUCAUGGGCAUCGUCUGCUUCCUCUUCCUGGUAGAGCAUCCUCAAGAUAUCAAGUCGGAGCCAAGUCCGGCCCCCCAAGGCCGCCAUGUGUAUAAAGUCCAGAACAAGCUGCUCCAGAUUACAGAGCCCAGAGAGGAACAGGAGCUGCAGGACAUGCUGGGACCUUCUCCCGUCUACCCCACCCACCAUGUCAUCGUCCUACAGAAAGAGAUCAAAGUCUCCGGCAACGGCUCCGGCGCCAUCAGUUUCCUGGGGGCCCUCAAAAUCCCCGGGGUAGUGGAAUUCUCGAUGUGUUUGCUCUUUGCUAAACUGGUCAGUUACACGUUCCUGUUCUGGCUGCCCCUGUACAUCACCAACGUGGGUCACAUGGAUGUGCGGCGCGCUGGGGACCUUUCCACGCUGUUUGAUGUUGGGGGGAUUAUAGGUGGGAUUGUGGCUGGAGUCGUAUCGGAUAAAGCUGACAAGCGUGCCACCACCUGCGGCUUCAUGUUGGUCUGUGCGGCCCCCACCUUGUAUUUCUUCUCGUCGGUCAGUAGCAUGGGGGCAGGUUUCACUGUUGGCAUGCUAUUGGUCUGCGGGGCCCUGGUGAAUGGCCCUUACGCUCUCAUUACAACCGCUGUGUCUGCUGAUCUGGGGACCCACAAAUCUCUGAAAGGCAACGCUCACGCUCUGUCCACUGUCACUGCCAUCAUCGAUGGGACCGGCUCUGUGGGUGCCGCGCUGGGGCCGUUGCUAGCCGGACUCCUGUCCCCGUACGGAUGGCACAAUGUCUUCUUUAUGCUCAUGCUGAGUGAUGCUCUUGCCCUGCUGUUUCUGUUGCGGCUCAUAAGGAAAGAACUCUGCUCCCACCGGCCCAAUGUACAGGAGCCUACAGAAUAUAAAGAGCAUUGAGCAGCCUCCCGUCUGUUGUGUGUGCCACCGAGUGAGUGAGUGAGUGCCAGUGAGUGAGUGCCAGUGAGUGAGUGUGUGUAUGUCAGUGAGUGAGU